AAGAAAAGGGUUUUGUGUGCAUUAGUUGACUUGAGAUGAUCAGACCCCGAAGCACAGACACUGUUUUUAGUAUUUCCAAUCUUUGGUAUAUAUUGGUAUUGAUUUUGUGGGAUAGAAAUGGAGAAGUACGAGUUUAUUAAGGAAUUGGGUGCUGGAAGUUUUGGUGUUGCUAAUCUUUGUAGGGAUAAAAAGAGGGGAGAGCUUGUGGCCAUCAAGUUCAUAGAACGUGGUCCAACGAUCGAUGAGAAUGUAGAAAGAGAGAUCGUAAAUCAUCGGUUGCUUCCACAUCCAAAUGUCAUUUAUUUCAAAGAGGUUUUUCUAACACCAACCCAUCUGGGUUUGGUCAUGGAAUAUGCUUCUGGUGGAGAACUUUUCGAAAAGAUUCGUAAUCAGAGACGUCCUUUUACUGAAGAUGAGCAAAAAUGUAAUUCUGUUGGAUCAAACUCAGCCUCGCAGUCCAAGAUCAACAAUAAUUUUGGCUUCUACAAGUUUCAUUCAAAACCAAAUACAAAUGUUGGUUCUGCGACAUACACAGCACCAGAGGUUCUACGUGGGGGAGAAUAUGAUGGAAAGAUGGCGGAUGUAUGGUCAUGUGCAGUUGCUCUAUAUGUUAUGUUGGUUGCUGCAUAUCCCUUUGAUGACUCGGAAGAUUCUGAAAACUCUGGGAAAACUAUUAAGCGAAUAAUGUCUGGAGACUACAAAAUCCCAGACCAUAUUCACUUAUCUGAAGGCUGCCAACACUUACUUUCUCGCAUGUUAAUUCCAGAUCCCUCAAUGAUGUCUCAUGCACGUCGUCGGGAAUGGACACCUACAUUCCUAACGUUUUCAUGCUGCAUCGGGAGUUCCCAUAUAAAAAAGAUGUUUCAAUUCUAUAAAACACAGAACCAAAACGAAAGAGGAGAAAAGGGAGAUCGCUUGGCGAAACGAAGAGAGGAGAAAGAGAGAUUGUUGCCGUUACCAUCGUGAGCCUGUCGUCGUGCCUCUCCUGCCAUCUGCUGCCGCUCAUCCCUAUUUGAGGCACUAUGUCAUCAUUCUCGAGCGACUUUGACAAGAUCGAUCCCAUGUUCCUCGAGUUUACAGAGGAGCUAGAUAACCCUGUGGAAGGGUCGUCAUCGGAGGCGUGCAUAGCCAAUGGGCGAAUUUCGAUGACAAUCACCCCUAGCACGAAGAAGCCUAUUUUCCUGCACGUCGUUUGCUUCAGCCAGGCGAUAGGCGUGUGCGUGCGAAAGACGUUUCCUGUUCGUUGCCUUAAGUGGGCGGAUGUAGGCAGAGAAUACAUUGAGGUCGUCAAGAGCAACUCUAGUUAAGUCCACUACACAUUUUGUUUUCAUUUGAAACAUAUUUAAGUUAACCAAGCUAAUGUGUUGUUUUUGUAAUGCGUAGCGAUUUUUUAUACGUGAUUUCAAUGAUCAAGCAAUGAAGAGGUUCGUUGAGCAUCAGAUGUUCAUCACCUUUAAAGAGUUCGAGGGCGAUUGUCACAAGCACUUCAAAAAUGACAGUGACCUUGAGGAGGCUUGUGCCAACUCACCACACAUAUUGGUGGUGAGGAUUGACACUACCUCUAUGACCACUACAUGAGCCAUGCAUUCCAGGAGCAAUCACGAGCGAACAAGGUUGCUAGCUAGACAGAAGCAGCCAAUCAUAGUAGUGAGUCGAAGUUGUUUUUACAACGAAACACAACCUCAUAGAGCAAUGAGGGGAGUUAGUCAACUGUGUGAAGUUGUUUCGACAAACACACGUUCAAGACGGGACAUUCCUGUUGCAAACCGUGGAAGAUGCACAUAAUCAAAUGUUGGAACUUUAGUCCUAAAUUACCUCAAAGGGUACUUAGCCACUCUUUGGGGAUGAGAUAUGCGAGACAGUGUUGGAUAGACGACUGCGCUAUUUAAAAGGCCUUGGUUGGGGACAUAAGCUCAAGGCCAGCAAGAUGGUUAAUGCAAGCAGUUCCACGACCUUAUGUUUGUAGUUCAUGGUAGAGCUCCAAUUACGGGCUACGCUUGAGGAAGUUAUGCAACGAAUUGAAGAACAGACAAGAAAUCACGAUACGUUAGCUUUAGAAGUGGAACGAAUGUGGAAACUCAUAGAAGACAUGAGUCGGGCAUAACAAGGACCACCACAUGAUCCCUAGCUUUGCGGACCCGUGGUGUAGAAUGGCGUACGAGGCUCGUUAGAAGACGUACGACGUUCUUUGCGCUUUUUUUUGAACGAGGAAUAUUUUUUAUUUGUAUUAUGAACUUUGUUACAUUGUUUGAAUUUCUUUUUAUUAUGAAC